AUGCUCGGCCAGUUCAACCGUCUUCUUCUGUCCUUUGACCUGCUUGAAGGCCCUUGGGAUGACGCCCUCCUCUGGACUCAGCUCCCAGCGGCCACUCGCCGCCAGAUCCUCGACGAGUACCAUGCUGCGGGUAUUGCCCUCAUGGUGUCGGCCUUUGGUGCCACAGACGUGCCCACCACGGUCGGUGCCGACCCCGUUGGAGUGGCCAACAGCAUUGCCACCUUCGUCAAGCAGUACGAGUUUGACGGCGUUGACAUUGACUACGAGGACUUUGGCGCGUUCGCCCUCGGCACGGGUGCCCAGUGGUUGAUCACCUUCCAGACGCAGCUCCGCAGCCAGCUCGGCAGCGGUUACCUUAUCUCGCAUGCCCCCGUCGCUCCGUGGUUUGACCGCGCGGCCUACAAGGACGGAGCGUACGCUGCCGUCUACAGCGCAGUUGGCAACACGAUCGACUUCUUCAACCUGCAGUACUACAACCAGUACUCUGCGUUCACCGACUGCACGUCGCUCAUCACCGACUCGGGUUCAACGCAGUGGCCCGGUGUCGCCAUCCAGCAGCUACACGAGCAGCAGGGCAUUCCGUACGACAAGCUGGUCCUCGGCAAGCCCAUCUCGACAGCGGCACAGAACAACGGCGGGUACAUGGACCCCUCUGCGCUGGCGCAGUGUGUUGCGCAGGGCAAGGCACUCGGCUGGCCGGGUAGCGUCAUGUUCUGGCAGUGGAGCGCUUCAAUCAACGCAGCGCAGGUCAUCCAGGAGGUCAUUGGAAACUAAGUGGACUAGACGUAGAACUAGAAUGCAUCGGAAUUGUUACAUGAA